UUUUUCUCUAGCGCACACAUCAUGAGCCGGAGUCAUCCAUUAGGUGAAAAUAAUAUUCAGAGAAUACCUGCAUCAGUUAUUAACCCUAGGACGGGGAGACCUAUAAGAACCGAUGCAGAUACCUUUCGUUGUCUUUCUGAAGAGCAACAGAUGAGAGCUAUUGAAGAAGAAAUUUCUAAUCCUAGGACAACUAUCAAUCCUGAAACGAAUAGAGCUAUUCUAUUAAAUGGGAAUACUGCUCGAGAGCUGAGAGCACCAGGGAGAUUGCCCAGGCAGGGAACACCUGCAUCAUUUCUUCUGUUUGACGAUGCUAGAAGAAAUUCUUCCCCUCGUCAAAAUGGCGCUAUGCAUCGACACAGAAACCAUGAAAGACAUGAAGAGUCUCCUGCUUCCACUGAACGCGUAGACAGUGAAACUGCCAAUCGGAUGAGUAUCGACAAUUCUGAAGACGGCCACCACAUAGUAAUUCGCAAACAUGUAGCAGUCACCAGUCCAGUAACACCUGAAGAAAAUGAUCGUUCGCCCACUGUUGGAACUAAUGAAACUGGGAGUCGGCGUGACACAGUUAAUGGGCAUGAUGGAUCAGUGUUAAGGGGGCCACGGAGACUAGAAUAUGAUGACAGUAGCCAAGCGCAAAGCACAAACCUAGUUCCUAGCUCAAGAAGAGCGAACACUUCAUCUGAAAGAGUUAACUGUGGAUGUUGUUCUUUGAUGUGAUGCAUGUUUUCUUGCGUACAUUAAAAUUUGUUGUUGCAUG